ACAUGAAAGGAGCAUGCGGACGAACAGCUGUUACUAGUCAUAAGAUGGGGGAGAUGGGUGGGGAAACUUGAUUUUCCAGCGUGAUGGUCUGGAUGUGGAUGCUGCGGUUGAAUACAGCCCCAGCGAGGCAGCUGUCAGACGGUUGGUGACAGUGGACCAGCCGCUAACGGUCCUCCUGCAAAGACCGCGGUAUCUCGCGAGACUCACUGCGCCCACAGGUAUUGCAGGCCCACCUUGGUGGAGGAUCGAUCGACUGUGUGCAGCGGUACACCUGGUCAGGUGAGAGAACACAGAGAAGCCAAAGGACUACCACAUCUGUGUUUGAUUGUGACCUGGCAGAAACUAGACACUUCUGAUGGUGGCUUUCUAGGAGAGUACUGUCUGCUAAUCCUUGUUUAUGUACUCAACGGCUGCUGUUCUGAAACUGGAAAGAAUUACUGAAGUGCGGUGCUAGAUGUGCGAGAAGAAAAUAAAGACAAGGGCGACUACUUAGAAUGAAAAACGCUGAUUUCGUUCUGGUCUCACAAUAAUAGAGAAAAGCUAAGACAACAUUUUAUUUGGUUCAUCAACUCCACUAAGUGAGAAAUUAUGUGAUAGUUUUCUCGAUCGUCGUCCCACCGUGAACAGGAAAACAAAGUGUAGCAGUCUACUAGAAAUCUUCACAAAAAGCUACAGUCCUUGUUAACAGUCACCUGUCAUCCAAAGUUUUUCUCAGGAUUACAUGGUAGACCAUCGAUACAAGGAUUUUCACAGUGCAAGUUACUUGAUGUUGGCAAAUCAAACAGACAAUCCCUAUUGUCAGGAUAAUACUACAUUUUGCGGCCAGAAGGCACGGUUGGUGUUCACAGUGUCUAGCGAGAGGGCGCUGCUUCAAUCGAACAGACAACUCUAAGGGUGGACUGAGACACUGAGAGGGACACAAAAUCCUUCUUGCUGCAGUCCAUCGUUUGACAACAGAACACCAAGGGGCAGCUAAUGCGGCUACUCAGUUCCACAUCUGACUACUGAAGACGAUGCAAUAUGGCUGUAGUCUCUAAAAAUUCAGCCCCUGGCUUGUAAUCUUCACCCUCUGCUUGUUAGGGUUUGUAAAGGGCAACAACCCACCUCAAGUAAGCUUCGGACCAAACUCUGGUUACGUCUACCAGUUCGAGGAUGCAGCUAUAGGGGCCUACCUAUUCACGAUCUCUGCUAGGGACACUGACAGUUCUGUACUGACGUUUAACACCGCGACCGAAGAGACAAGGAAAUUGGUUACCUUGGAAACUAAAACUACAGGACAACCUCUGUGGACCGUCGAUGUGAAACUUGCAGCGAGGCUAGACAGAGAUAAUGAACCAUCCACGCGUGUGCUACAGUUUGAAGUCAAGGACGGCGACAUCACGGUUUCUGGUCGUGUGUCGCUUGCCAUCCGGGAUGUAAACGACAAUCCUCCAUACUUCAUGAAUCUUCCUUACAGACUGGAGAUUGAAGAAGGAGUAAAGCAGUUGAACCAGUCUGUGUUCUGGGUGACUGCUCACGAUCCCGAUGAUGGAGUAUCUAAUAUGCCUCAGUAUUUCAUGACAGCGAAGGGUCAGGGGGCCGACCAUGUGUACAACACCACCUUUGCAAUAAAAAAUCCAGACUUCGGUAACAUCACUUUAGAAAGAGAACUUGACUAUGAGCAGCAGACAUACUACGAGUAUACAGUCACUUCUGUGGACAAAGGAGUUCCGCCCUGCCCUGGUCCAGGCUGCAAGUGCAACAAUUUCACUGAGCCCAACGUGGUGUGUGAGGGAAUCCCCGCCAUCUUUACAGUUUCCGUGCGUGACGUGCAGGACACGCCACCCUCCUUCCUGAAACUGCCAUACUACGUCUCCAUCUACGAGAACGUCACGAAUGGAACAUCCAUCUUUGGAGUCAAUGCGAUAGAUGGAGACAGAGGUGUUCCUAAUAAGAUCAGCUACACAAUAUUCAGCGAGGGAGCAUAUCACUUUACGAUCAACGAAGCUGACGGAAGCAUCUAUGUAGCCUCUGCGCUUAAUGCAGACGACCCUAAUGGCAGAAAUUUUAAUCUACAAGUGAUGGCCUCGGAGCUGAAUACAUCGGUGUCGUCCAACUGGGGAACAUAACUGCAAACGCCACAGUGUCGGUUACCGUUCUUGACGUCAACGAUAAUCCGCCCUUGUUUAACCGAAGCAGCUACACCUUAACCGUUCAGGAGAAUACUCCUACUGGAGUUCCUCUUGUUCUUAAUGACACAGACUUCAUUGAAGUUACAGACAGAGACCAGAGUGUGAACAGUCAGUUUUCCCUGAGACUUGAGAAGGACGGAGAGACAUACACGGUGUUCGACACGCUGCCUAAAGUGGACACCACCAUACAGGGCACCACCACUGUCACCAUUCGAGUUCAAAACUCAUCUGUACUGGAUUACGAGAAAGUGAAAAGUAUCACUUUUCAGCUCAUUGCACAGGAAACCAAAACAGCCGAAAAAUUUUUUAAUUCGACGACUGUGACGGUCUUUGUGGAAGAUGUGAACGACAACUCGCCAGUUUUCCUGGACAGCACGCCGAGCAGUGUGAACAUAACUGAACACAUUCACUAAGCAACAGAAGUCACAACGUUUUCAGCA